CCCUAUAGAUCUACAUCCGGAUAUCCACCUACCGUAGUACCGUGGCAGAAUUUGUGAGAUUUAUGUUAGGGAACCUGGCUGGAAAUGUGUUGUCGACUUUUAACUUUUGGUGCAAUUUUUACUUUUUUUAUUGCUGCAAUCUAUAUUUCCUGUCAAACUCGGAGUAAAACACAGUCGUCCAAUGAGGAAACUAGUCUUGCUGGGUUUUUAGAGGACAUGAAAAAAAAUACCUGCGAUUUUGUCAUUGACAUUAACUCUUACAUAGGGUCAUGGACAGUAUUUCUUUUUUCGCUAUUUUUUGCAGUAUUUAUGGUAUUCAAAUGUGGGUGUAGUCCAGUUACCAUUGUUGCUACUCUAGUUGUUGGAGGUGCUUUAUACUUUGGAUUCUAUAUAUUCAUUGAAAUUGUUAUUGGACGUAUACACAAUAUAUUCUGCACUGAUUGAUUUUUUAACCCUAAUUUUUGUUCUUUACCAUAAUUAUUUUUCUAUUAAUAAUGUAUACAUGAUAAUAUCAACGGUUAUUUUAUACUGCUAAUACAUUGUUAGUCAUUGAA